UCCUUGUGAAAUUGUUGUCUGCUGUUGUGAACAUUCAACACUGUAAACCAUGAAUAAGAAACAAUCUUCAAGUUCUGAAGGGAAGAGCAAGCGUCAGGCUUAUGAUAAUGCUUUUAAGGCUCGUGUUAUACAGGCAGCAGAGGAAUCUAAUAAUAAUUGUGCAACCGCUUUGGUUUUCGAUGUCAGUGAGUCGACAGUUCGUGAUUGGCGCAGGGCCAAAGAAGCAAUCCUAAAUGGUCGGAGCGAUCAAAAAAGGCAUCGUACACGUAAGGGACAAACUCCAUUGGGAAUAUUGGAGUCUGAGGUCAAAGCAUGGAUCCUUGAGCAGCAGAAAAAAGGAGUUUCUCUCACCAGAAUUCAAAUUCGAAAAAAAGCAUGGACAAUGUCCAAAGAAGCCAAAUAUGUAACUGACUGCGAAGGAUUUCAAGCUUCUACUGGGUGGUAUUCGAGAUUCAUGAAAAGGUCUGGACUCGGGAGUUUGACAGAAAUGAAGGAUAGAGCAACAGUUGAAGAUGAUGAUUUUAAGGGCGAAGGGUCCGAGGUUACCAUAGAGACAGACAUGGCUGAACUGACAGAGCCUGUGGACCACAUGGGGGACCAUGAUACAGCUGUCAAUGUGAAGAGGGAGGCUGCAGGGUCAACAUUGGAUGGAGAACAUUCAAAUGAAAGUGAAGCUAGUUCGCCGCCUGCAGAUUCAAACGCCAGUCCUGUGGUUGCCUCUGAGAAUUCUGGGAUAUCACUGAAAGCUGAAAGGACAGAGGUGAAAGUUGACGAGCCAUGGGAAAUACCGGAAUCAUCAUGUGUAUCUCUGGAUGCCUGUGUUACAAACACUGAAGAGAACUCUGUGUGCAUUCCUUGUGGACCAGGUGAUACUGAUAGUGGUGAGGUUACAGACAAACCAAGUGAUAUGGAUGUAGAUACAAUUGUUAACUCUGGAAAUAGUUGGAAUCACAUGACUGAAAAACAAAGCGACAUUGAUGGUUUAAUUUUAGAUAUGAAUAAGGAUACAAGAGGAGAGGUUUGUGAAACAGUAAAUGCAUUUAGUAGUGAACAUUCAUCAAAUCCUGUUGAAAUGGAGACAGAAGAAUCACAAACGUAUUAUCCAGAGAAAUCAUUUCUUCAGGAUGAGGAAUCAAAUCAUGAGGUUGUGAAUGUAACACAUGAAUCUGCUAUUCACAAUGUCACUGUACCAGAAGAGUCUAUUGCUUUGUCAACUAUGAUCUCAGAAACUGAAGUCCAAGGUGAUGUCAGUGCUGUUGAAGCAAUGGAAGAUUCAGUGGUCAGUGACAAUCCUAGUCAAAAACAAGGUCAAGCUGAUGAUGAAGUGGAUAUUACAGAAGACCUGGAUAGUAUCACUGAGAAUUCUCCCGCAAUUGUGGAACCAGCUAGAGAAUUGGAUACUGAUGCAUAUAAUAGAGAGUCAAUGGGUGAAGUUGAAGAAGUAACAAAAUCAGAUGCUGACAGCAAUGAGUUGCUGAAUGAAACAGAUGCUGAUGCUUUAGUAGACAUUUCAGAGUCUCAUGCUACUGUUGAAGAUUCUACUGUAAAAGAUGAUAUUGCUGAUGAACAUUCAGAUAUUGCCACUGCGACACAAAUAGGUUUGGAAGCAGCUGACAAUGCAGAAGAGCUGCCAGUUGAAGCAGUUGAACCUGAAAAUGUGCCCAAAGCAUUCCAAGUUACAGAAGAGUCAAAUGAGAAAAUGUAUGAAACAGAUGUUAAAGAUAUAUAUGAUACCCCAAUGGAAGAACCUACACAUAGAACUACCAGUGAACAUGAAGAAAUUCCAAAUGUAAUCAACAGUGAACUUGAAGGACUUGAAGAAAUUUCACAUGAAACCAAUAGUGAUCAGGAAGAUCCUCCAAAUGAAACCAACACCGAUACCCCAAUGGAAGAACCUACAAAUAGAACUACCAGUGAACAUGAAGAAAUUCCAAAUGUAAUCAACAGUGAACUUGAAGAACUUGAAGAAAUUUCACAUGAAACCAAUAGUGAUCAGGAAGAUCCUCCAAAUGAAACCAACACCAACAAUGAGCAUGAACUUCCAAAUGAAGCCAAAAUUGAACAUAAAGAACCUCUGAAUGAAACCAAAAGUGAGCAUGAAGAACCUCCAAAUGAAACUAAUAGUGAGCUUCCGGAACCUCUAAAUGAAACCAACAGUGAACAUGAAAAACCUGCACAUGAGAUCAACAUUGAACACGAAGAACCGCCAAAUGAAACCAAUAGUAAACAUACACCAAAUUGUGAACUUGAUAAAGAAGAAAUACAUAAUGAAACAAGCAUUACUGUAAAAAUAAUUGAGACUAGGAAAAUGGCUGAAGACAAUGUUCCAGAAGUACAACCUUUGCAGAAAGAAUCUUCAAAAGACAAGAUAACAGAUGAACAGGAUCAGCUGGCAGGUUGUCUGGAAUUUCUAGCUGAAGAUGAAAAUAAUAAAGAAAUCAAACAUUCAUUAGUUGAUGGUUCUAACAUAGAAACAAAUGGAUUAUCUAAUAGUGCUGAUAGUGAAGCUGCAGAAGAAACUACUGAUCUCACAAGUGCAAUAAGAAGCUCCAGAGUAAAAGAUGAAGAUGAACGUCAACUAAAUGAUAGCAAUUUAAAAACAGAAAAUGCAAACUCUGGAAACAUUAGAAUAGACAAUAAUCAUGACACUCACAAAGUUUUUGACGAAGACGAUGUGGAAGUAAACUUUGAUGAUACAGUGAAGGAAGUAAUUUCAAAUGAGUCAACACAAAUUGAGAACACUGUAGUAGCUUCAUUAGAAAAUGAAACUGAAGUUAUAAAAGAUAAAGAACAUAAUGAAGAUAAAACAGCAAUCAUACAUGUAAAUGAUGCAGAACACGAAAAAAUGGACAUAGACAAUGAUGUAGACAUGCCUUCAUCAGAGAAAACCAAGAUUGAUGAUACAGAGAAUUCUAAUGAUGUUACAGAAGGAAUGGAGGUUAUUGAAAACUCUAUGGAACAAAUGGAUGAGUCUUCUAACCUUUCUGGUGAACACACAAAACAUGAAGAGUCUUCCUCUAGUGAUAACGUUUCUGUCAGUGCCAAAGAGGAAAAAAUGAAAGACGAAAAAUCCAAGGACCUGCAAAACUCUUCGGAGACAGCUGCUAGUAUAAAUGACAACUCCUGCAGUCCUAAGGGAGACAAUGCCAGCAGUCUCAGCAGUGAUGACGCAAUGAUGAUAGAUUUAAAAGAUAGUUCACAGAGCACAAACAAAUUGGAAAGUUUGAAGAGUCUUGAAACUGACUCCAAAGAUUUAGCCAAGCCAACCAUAAAAGAGGAGAAAACAGAUAAAGAAGAUGAUGAUGUUAUUGCCAUUAAAGAAGAAAAGAAGCCUCCACCAAAAGUUCUCAAGUCAAAGAUGCAGAAAUGCAUUGUGUGUGCGAAGUUUGGGAAAUGCAAGUACAACAUCGUACGUAACGGUGACAUCAAGCAUCUGUGUGAUGACGAGUGUUUCAAACGUUUCCGUGCCAGCCCCACCACUUAUCUGCGCCAGGUGGAGGUGACAGCGACCUUGACCCCUGGGGACAAGAUCAAGGCCACUGGUGCCUCCCAGGCCCCUGUGACCCCUGCCUCUGCUCCCACCGCCAGUGAGAAACUUGCCGCCAAACUUAAUGAGAAAGCAGCCAUGCAGCAGACCCAGAAAGAUUACAAAACCUGCAGUGUGUGCCAGUUGAUAAACGUCCGCACUGCCAAGCCGUUCUUGAACUGGCAGGGAAUGGAUUACUGUGGCGAGGAAUGCCUCGGUAAAUUCCAGGCAGGUUUGAGUAGCACCUGCAGCAAUUGUUCAACAGCCAUCUUCCAGCGAAACAAAACCAAAUAUAUUUGCAAUGUCGGCUCCGAGUUGAAGCAUUUCUGCAGCGAAGGAUGUCAUGCUGACUUUCUAAAAAAGACCAAAUUUUGUGCAUAUUGCAACAAAGAUUUGUCUACUGUGACUAACUCGUUUAUGGCACCUGUAGACGAUAUGGGUCAUUUUAAAGACUUUUGUGGCCAAGUGUGUUUACAGAAUUUCGAAAUUAAGAACAAGGAAGGUGGCGAAACAACUGAGGGGACAAAAUGGAAAUCAGUGAAAGUUCAAGCAGGCAAUCAUAGUUGUGCUGUGUGUAACCGUAUGGCUGUGCCAAAACACUGCCUGCAGCAGGAUAAUUCAUCGGACAAGUUCAGUCUGCUGUGCAGUGAUCCGUGCCUGUCUGCGUUCAAAUAUGCCAACAAAAUAGAACUCAGUUGCUGCGACCAGUGUGGGCUCAGUUUGAAUGGUGACCUAGCUAAUGGCCAGAUUGUGCAAUUCGAGGGCCAACAGAGACGUUUCUGCAGCUUUAUGUGCGUUAAUCUUUUCCGAACACUGAAUUUGAAACGUGUCCAGUGUGCUUGGUGCUCUACGAAGAAGAACAACUUUGAUAUGAUUGAGAGAGUGGAUGCGAGCAAUCGCUUUCAGUUGUUCUGCUCCCUGAACUGCCUUUCACUUUACAGAGUGAACCUUCAAGCCACCUCUAAUCAGAAUGUAGUCUGCGACCAGUGCCGCAAGUUCGUCCCAGCCCAGUACCAUCUGACAAUGAGCGAUGCGUCAGUACGCAACUUCUGCUCAUACGGGUGCGUGAUGACAUUCCAGCAGCAGUUCCAGACUCCUGUGAAGCCCUCCACACCCCAGCAACCUGCGCCCACACAACAGCAGCAGCCUGCCCAGAAGACCACACCCCAGCAGACGGUGACCCGGUCCGGGCGCGUGGUCUCUUUGAAAGGCAACAUAUCGCCACAGCCAAACAUGCCAGCAGCCAGAAACAACAUAAAGGCUGUCAGUGCUGCCACAAAUGUGACGGAUUCAUUCCCUAUCAUCUCCAAUGUGAUCUCAUUGGCUCCUCAAAAGUCACCAGCCCCACAGCCAGAGGUGAAUAUGAAAACACUGCCUGCUGCCGCAUCCAACACUCCGACUCCUGUCGGGAAGACAAGCUCUGCGGCAGGCAGCCAAAUGGUUCAUCAGCAGAUCAUUAUACAGCCCCCUUCCCCUAAGCCCAUGAAGAACAAGGCAUUGCUAUGCAAGCCUAUCACCAUGACGAAGGCAACUUCCUGUAGGCCACACACACAGUCCAAGGAAGUGCAGACAGAUAAGUCAGAGCCAGACCGUUACUUCAUCCCAGUACCGGUUCCCAUUUAUGUACCGACGCCCCUGUCCAUGUACAGCAUGCCCACCCCCAUACUGGUACCCGUACCUGUGCCUGUACCGGUUCCCAUAUUCAUACCCACCACCAAGAAGAGCGCCACCAGCAUCCUCAAGCAGAUCAAGGACAUCCGCGAGAAGAUCCCAGCAGACCCACUGGAGGCAGAGCUUCUUAUGAUGGCAGACAUGGUGGCAGGCAAGGAGGACUCGUCUGGGACCUCCAGCAGUGAGGAGGAAGAGGAGAUUGAAGCACCCGUUUCCAAGGUGAUCAAGGAUGUGACCCCUACCCCAGGCCCCUCGGGUGCCUCUGGGGCCGACCUGGGGGAGGACAUGCUUCAGAUGGCCCUGCGUAUGGCCACGGAGAUGUCAGAGGAACCUGCCAUGGACCUCGAGAACUCUCUAGAACCUGUCGCUGUCAAUACAGCUCCACCACAGCCGAUACAAGCAAGCGCCCCAGACGAUGAUGACGAUGAAGACGAGUACAUCCCUGCCUCCACACGCAGCAGACGGUCGCGAGGAGGGGGCAGUACGAACAAGCGACAAUCCAACUCCACACCAAGACGCCAAUCGAAGCGACAGAAAGUGGACACCCCACAGCCGUUGUACAAGGAUCCGUCGCCCUCCCCACCACCUCCAGCCGUUGCCCCUCCCCCUGACAUGAACUUCCAUCUCAAGUACACGUAUGGUGUUAACGCGUUCAAGCACUGGGUGCUGCAGAAGAACGCUCAGCUGGAGCAGACGUCAAAGACUGGAUACGGAAAGACAUUAAAGACGUUCAAGUCAGACAUUCUUCAGUGCACAGCGGACGAGCUGAACUACUCGCUGUGUCUCUUUGUGAAGGAAGUGAGGAAACCCAAUGGGGAAGAGUACGCUGUAGACAGUAUAUACUACCUGUGCCUAGGCAUUCAACAGUAUCUGUUUGAAAAUGGCCGCAUCGACAAUAUAUUCAGCGACUUUUAUUAUGACAGAUUUACGGAGUGUCUAAAUGAAAUACUAACAAGAUAUGAACCAAAAUUGAAUCAUGCAGGUCAGCUUGUGUGUCGUAUAGAGGAGGAGCACCUAUGGGAGUCCAAGCAGCUGGGCGCACACUCCCCCCACGUCCUGCUCAACUCCCUGGUGUACUUCAACACCAAGUACUUCAUGCUGAAGACCUCCGAGGACCACCUCCGUCUCUCCUUCACCCACAUCAUGAAGCACUGGAAGAAGACCCCGUCCGGGCGCGGCUCUGGUACUGGGCCUAACUCGGGAAGAAGUGUAUAUCUCAGAUACUACUGCCCAACGCCACAGGGGAAAGAGGUACAGCAGCAAAAGAAGAAGAAGGAAGAGAUGCCAGUGUAUGAGCAGACAGAGAACUUUGAUAACCCACUAAGGUGCCCAGUCAAACUGUACGAGUUCUACCUGUCAAAAUGCCCGGAAAGUAUCAAGAACCGGAAUGACACAUUCUACUUGGUACCGGAGAGGUCAUGUGUACCUGACAGCCCGGUCUGGUACUCCACCUCGUCCCUGGGCGUAGACCACAUGGCUAAGAUGCUCAACCGGAUACGACUGGUCCGGGAAAUACAAGAAGCUCACCUGCACACACAGCCUGUGUACGUCUGAUGGGUGCUAAACAUGUGAACACGUAGCCUGUGUAUGUCAGAGUGACAGUAAAUAUGUGAACAUAUGGCCUGUAUUUGUUUGAUGGAUGCUAAAUAUGUGAAAAUAUUGGUGGUUCUCAAAGACAGCAAAAUAUUUGAGAGUCAUCACAUGUGUGAACACUCACUCAGACUGAAGACUGCUUGCCAAUGGUAUCUGCAAAUGACCUUAGUAUCAUUAAUACAUGAUACGUGCUCUGUGAACAAGGGGGUUUAAUGCAGGUGUGUAAAGUGUCGUCCCAGGUUAGCCUGUGCAGUCUGUACAGGCUAAUCAGGAACGAAACUUUCCGCAUGUAUGGUAUAUUUCGUUUUCAGAAAGUCUCUUAUCAAAAAUCCAGUUAGGCAGAAAAUGUCGUCCCUGAUUAGCCUGUGCGGACUGCACAUGCUAAUAUGGGAAAACACUUUACGCACAUGCAUUAAACCCCUUUUUCACAGAGCACAGUCUAUAUGACGUGGCCACUCUUUCGUUAUAUGACAUAUGUCAUUGCAGAGUGAUACCAAAAGCUGCAAUAACCAUUUGUAAAUAAACUCAUAUUUGAUCAUGAAGACUAAAAUGUGAAUGAAUAGCAAAUAUCUCACAAUUAUUUGCAUAGUUGUAAUGUCUUUAUACGACAAGCAAGAAGUGAGCAUUUGCUUUUAAGAAAUUGUUUUAGGAAUGUAUUGUCAUUGAAAGCUAGGUAUUCACCGUUUAUUAAUUAUGUCAAGCCAUUUAGUUCAUGCAAAAGGUACAAUAUGCAGUAAUGUGAGUUGGAAUUUCAUUACAGUUUAUUUCUUUAUUACUGCAGGGCCCUCGUUUGGCUGUUUUUGGGGCCGAAAUUCGGCCCUCGGCCCGAUUUCUAGUGUAAUUUUUCCUCCUUUCAGCUAAUUUCCUCACUUAAAAUGUCAAAUUAAUUUUACAAAUAUUUACUUUGCUGGAUUUAUAUACAAAAUGAUGCUUUUAUUUGAAACCUGUAAUGGGGAUUUUCCUUUUUAAAUCACACCCAAAGUUAAAGGAGCUUUUUUUUAUUAAAUGAUGGCUGUUGUUAUGUUUAAGUACAAAUAAUACAUUGUCUGUAAAUUAACUUUUGGCAAAUGGGUGAUAUACUAAGGAUGACAGCGGAAUGUUUCGCAAAAAAAAAGGAAUUUGUAUAUAGUUUACAAAUUGUUAUUCAGAGUUUUUUUGUAAAAAGUUUUUUGUAAAAUGAUUUUUGUAACAUUUUUUUUGCAUAUGAAUUUCUUUUUGUGUAUUAUUUUAACUUUAAAAUAACUACUUAUGUUGUGUUGUUUUUGUUUUGUUGUUUUUUGUAAUGAUGUGUAAUAAAUAUUUUUGGAAGUUAAAAAAUGUAAGAUAUGCAAAGAAGGGUUAAUCACUUUAAAAUAAUGUCUGUACUUCUGGUACUAGUGUUCACAAACCAGUCAUGCAUAAAAAUAUAAGACCCCAACACACAAAGUUUCAAAGGAAGUCUAUAAAAGUCUCUCUGUCAGUCUCUCGUUUGUAAUGUUAAAAGUUUAUGGAUCAAACUUCCACAUUUCACAAGUGAUUAAAUUGAAACUUAUUUUUCAUCUCUAUGAUGUACAUUACACAUUAAUGUCCACAUAUUUUCCCUAGGAAUUGCAAUUUACUUGUUGUUUGUGAAUAUUUUCAUAUCCAUCAGCAAAAAAGUAUGGACAUCACAAUGUUGUUUUUUUUAAUUUCUCAUUGCUACAUUUAAAUCAUGAUUUUGGUAGUGGAUUUUCCAUUUCUCUGGAAAAAUAAUCGUUAUGCUUUGUAUAUAGAUAUAUGCUCUAUGUUUAUGAUUGUAGCAUAAAAGUUUUAGAACUUUUA